CCAACAACAUGACACACGAAGAAGAAGCCGACCAAGCAGCAGCAGCAGCAGCAGAACCACUAAGGUGUUAAUGAUGGCGUCUCGGAAGCGGCUGGGCCAGAAUGCUGCGUGUGAAGCGGACGGCGUGGCCCCCAAGCAGCUGCGGGUGGAGGGCAGCAGGCACGUGGCCGCCCUGGUGCUGGCCCGGGGCGGCAGCAAGGGCAUCCCGCUGAAGAACAUCAGGAAGCUGGCCGGAGUCCCGCUCAUCGGCUGGGUGCUCCGGGCUGCCAUCGACUCAGACAAGUUCGACAGUGUGUGGGUUUCCACAGACCACGAUGAGAUUGAAAAAGUGGCGUUAUCCAUGGGUGCGGAGGUGCACCGGAGAAGUCCGGAGGUCUCCAAGGACUCUUCCACGUCGCUGGAAACCAUCCAGGAGUUUCUCAGCGUCCACAAACAUGUGGAUGUGGUGUGUAACAUCCAGGCUACGUCCCCGUGUCUCCACCCGUCCCACCUGAAGGAGGCGCUGGAGUUGAUCACCAAGCGGGACUGCGAGUCCGUCUUCUCGGUGGUCCGGAGAUACGAGUUCCGCUGGACCGAGGUCAAGAAAGGCUCUAAUGAAUCCACUCAGGCGCUGAACCUGGACCCCAAGAAGCGGCCGCGGCGGCAGGACUGGGAUGGGGAGCUAUAUGAGAACGGCUCGCUGUACUUCGCCACCAGGGACCUGAUCAUGAACCGUGGAUGUUUGCAGGGCGGGAGGGUUGCCUACUAUGAGAUGGAGCCCAAGUACAGCAUCGACAUCGACGAGGACAUCGACUGGCCUGUAGCGGAGCAGAGGGUCCUCAAGCACGGUUACUUCGGCAAGGCCACCCCCGAGACGGUGAAACUGAUGUUCUGCAGGGUUUCUGGGUGUUUGAGUGACGGGAGGAUCUUCCUGUCGGGGUCUGGAGAAAAGAUGCUGUCUUAUCACAGCAGAGACGAGGCCGGCCUCCGCAUGCUGCAGGACAAGGGCGUGAAGGUGGUGCUGCUGACGUCCAGCGGAGACCCCGCCACCUCCUGCCAGAAGAUGGGCUUCCAGGUGGAGCAGGUGGGAGACGACUUCCUGAAACAACUUGAAUCGGUCAUGAAGAAACACGAGAAGGAGCUGGACUGGAAGAAUGUUGCAUACAUGGGUAACGACAGAGAAGACAUCUAUUGUCUGAAAGUGGCCGGCAUGAGUGCAGCGCCUGGAGAUGCUCCUGCAGACGCCGUCAAGGCUGCGAAGUACACGUGUGGGCUCGCCGGAGGAACGGGAGCUGUGAGGGAGUUCGCCGAACACAUCCUGCUGCAGAACCAGAAGGCCAAGACCAAGUCCAAGACCCAAGUCUGUCACUAGAAGGUCGGAGGUUUAAAACCUUCAUCAUGGACCAGAAUGGGGUGAACAGAAGCAGUUUGGGGUUUAAACAGAUCUUUGCAACGACGUGGGAGUUAAUUCAUGUUAGCGGUGGGAGAAAUCAACCUUUCAGAAUAAAACUGCACAUUUGAGCCUCUGACAAGUCUCAAAAAUGUAAUUCCACUUAAGUGAUGGUGUGGAUGGGGUUCCUACAGUGUUUUUGACUUUGUUAGAGAAUAGAAAGUGAAUGAAAAGGACUGUUUGUACUGAUCCAUUUCAAGGGAAGCCGAGCCCAGGAACUCCCCCGCUUCCACGUUUUCAUAGAUAAUCAAACCAAAGAUGAGGGGUGACCAGAAGGAGAUGUGAGAGGAAGACACGUCUUCUCCAGACGGUCCUUUCUUCAUUAACCUUUUCACGCUUGCAAAGUUUGUCUGAAGGGAUCCGAUCCACACCAUCACCGAAGGGGAAGGACACGUUUGAGGUUCAGCACGAAGAACACUGAAAACACACUGAACCCGACACUUUAAACACGUCUCUUAAAGCUUAAUUUACUUCUCUUUCAUGAUUAUCAGCAAAAAAGCAGCUACGGUGACUUCAAACUCCCAUCCUGGUGGGACAUCAGUGUAGUGUCACUCAUCUACACCGUCGUCAUGGAAACCAGCUCUCAGAGUCCCAGUGGACAUAUUGGCAGAGGUGACUGAUCGACUCAAGAAAGUAAAAGUAAAAUAAGAGACUGAAGGAACAAGAGGCCAAACGAUGAAAUUUUAGCAUGUUGGUGUUUUUAAAGUGCUUUAUAAAUAAAGUUGACUUGACUUGACUAGCUUCAUAGUAGGAACUCAACCCCGCAGUUAACCGGGGAAAAGGUUCUUUGGUGCUGCUUUUAAAAUAGAUCUGAUCCAGCUCGUGUUACCACCACCGAGUGUGGGAUCAGAGCUGUAGCUUCUGCUACGUCUCAAGACGACGUCACAACCACGUGACGGUACCUCUGAUCCAUGAAAUGGAUGAAGAAGAAUUUAAGACUUUAGCGUCUUUGUGUUUAUCUCCAUGUUGCACAGAAGAGAUGAUCCCUUUCUGACCAAUCAGUUGAGAGCAGUGUUUUUAGCUCCUCCUUUAUCCUUAAACAGAACUGUGCCAAAACCAGUACAGUAUGGUACGCUUAUUUUACUGUAUAACAAGUUUGGAUCAGCAAAAGCAAACACUGAAAACAUCUCCCAGGUCUGACCCCGACCUGAACAACAAAGUUUACCCUUCAGAGACCAGAAAACCCCAAAAACGACCUGUUUAUUGACCCAAAGAAAGGAGAGAUUAUCCGUUUCCCCGCAGGUUUGGACACAUUUACAUUCACACGCUGCUUUUGUGUGUUCACACUUCAUUUAAUAUCACAAAUAUUAGAAAGAUACAAAACUUUAAAAGACAAAAAGUCAAAAAGAUUAGAGACAAUUGAUUUAAAAUGUACAAAUACUUCACAUAUCAUACUUUCUUUUUUUUUAAAGUACAAUUCCACUGAGUAGAAUUAGAGAUCCAGCGUUGGAUCAGCUGGAGAUGGGAAGUUUACAUUUACCAUGUGAAGGUUUAUCAUUUAACUAUUUUACAGCCAAAGAUUAAAGAAAUAAACUUUGAAGGAACCUGUCCGACUUUAACCGGCUGAUUUUGAAUCAGUAGGUUAACCAAGAAAACUGGAAUCAGUGAAUAGUAACUAGAGUAAAACACUGCAUAGAUAUGUAUAUAUACAUAAUGACACAUCUGCAAAGUGACUGUACUAAUAUUUCAAAUACUAAUGGAAAGACAUGUUUUUGUUUCAAAUGGGGAGAUUGUCACGUUUUAAAGAUAAAAUUGUUACGUUAUGUGAAUGUCUUCCACUCUGGUGAAACUGUUAGCCUACCUUAGCAUAAUAAAUUGUUAGAUAAUCGAGUCGGCAGCCAGACUUUUGCUGGUCUUUAUGCUAAGCUAAGCUAAACAGCCUCAUUUUUACCAUCAGCAGAAAUCAGACUGCUGUGUUUUUUAGAGGUUUAAUCCUGAGAAACUGACUUAAUGCUCAAGUACAUGUGUCUGUAAAUGUAUCGUAAUGUGAUUAGUUUGAUAAAUUAUUACAUUAAAACAUGUUAAACUGA